UCCCAGAAGAAGCAGCUCUGGAAUCAUCUGUAGAGAGAGAGAGAGAGAGAUAGAAAUGGCGUCUCCGUAGUAGCAUCUUCUCUAGCCCAUCUCCGCAGGAAAGCCUGCUUCUUUCUGAACCCAGGAAAAAUUUGAUUCAAUUGCGCUUCUUCUUCUUUUUGGUUUCUUUAAUCGAGAUUUCCUUCCCGCCAUUUCUCCCUCGGUGUGAAUUCCGGACUCAAUCAACAAUGAUCUUCCCGUCGCUCCGCACUCACGCGUCGACGAUUCUGCUCGUGAUCGGCUGCUGCUCCUACACUUUCUUCCGUUCGACGACGAUCGAGUCAAACCGCGGGGACAGGCUCUCCCUCGAAGGAACAAACUUGCCGGGGAUUCCGGCGGCCGGCGACGACGACGACCACGAAGAAGAAGAAGGGCCCGAACUUUCCUCUGAAGACGAACUCGACCCUUACGAGCGAUACCGCCGCUAUUUAGAAGACGACCAAGGCGGCGACGACUACGUCACUGACCCAGAAUCAGAUGACUACGUCUCGGAUCUCGUCGGGACCGAAGAAUACCGCGUCGGAGGUGGCGCGAGGAACCGGAGAGGCCGCGAGAUUCCGAUUCCCAAUCGAACGCCGCAGUUGAUACGUUCGGAAGAAGAAAUUAGAAAGGAGGCGGAGAUUUCAGACGGAGAAGUAGAACAGAAAAUCAAGAAUCGAGAAUCUCAGAUUCGUCCGUUUAUGGAGGCGCCGCCGGAAGACGACGAACAGAGGCGAAGUGGGAAUCGUGCUUUGGAGCAGAAAGAUUCGCAUUUUCCGUUUAAGAUGGAGGCGGCGAUGCGGGGAGGAGCGGUACAGUUAGGCGGCGGCGGCGGCGUCGUCGUUCCUCCUCCUAGUUUUCUGGUGCAGACACCGGAAUUCAAGCUUCCCAUGGUUCCGAUGUUCAAACCCACUCCGCUGCUUCUGGAUUUUCACCGUCUGAUGAUCAAUUCGCCACUGAUGAUUCCGAAUUUCGAUUGGCACCCUUUGUUUUCCCCCAAUUUACGUCGACCGCCGCCGCAGCCAGAUUCAACCGGAGGAAGCAGCGCCGCAGACGGGAAAGACUCGCUGAAAAAAACAGAGCAGCAAGGGGAUAUGAACAGGGUCGAUGAUGAUCUCAUGGAAAUCGACAAGAUUCUGAAUCCCGAUCCGCAGCCUUCGCUUCCCGGUACUUCAAUUCCUCUGCCGCCGUCUGACUCAACCGGCCGAAGCAGGGCCGUUCACGGCAAUCAUCCUCAGGUAACCAACAUGUUUCAGAAUAUCGACCAGCAGCAGCCUCCGCUUCCCCCUGCUUUACCUCAACCACCUCGGCCAGAUUUUACCGGCGGAAGAAGUGCAUCCUCCGGCCAUGACGAUCAGAGAACAAUGCAGGAAGCAGAUAUUAGCGAGGUCGACGACAACUUUCCCGAAAUAGAGCAGCAAGGGGGCGAGAAGCGCCAAAAGCUGAAUUGAAGUGGGAAGUUUCAGCUCAAUCGGAUACAGAGACACUCUUUUGAGAGAUUAGUAUUACUCGGAUUUGAUGGUUGAUUGCAGUAGUUCUGUUGCGUUUUUGAGUUUCAGAUUGAUUAGUUUUGGAUCUCAGUUGUAAAGAAGAUUCUUUUGAUGACACUGGUCACACUGCACAGUACAGAUACUGGUGGUAGUAUACUGCUGUACUUGGGAUUUUGAUAUGUGAAUGAAUAAUAAAAUCUCUGUGAUUCGAGCUUCAAAGUUCCACGAACAUACUGUAUCGUGUCUCACAAGUAAGAAAAUCAAACUUCCGAU